UUUUUUAUCUUUGUAUGUAUCUGAGCGUGACGCUUUCUUUUUGUCACGAAUGAUGUCCUUUCAACAACAAACAACAUCUGAAACAACAGCCGGACAUCUUUGAGACGAAUAUCAAAGGAAUAUAAUGCAGUCGUCAGAGAGUCGCCACAGACAACAAUUGUCUUGAUCCAGAGACCAUCUCGAGAGAAUUACAACACCCCUCGACAUUAAGGCUUGACAUUAACGGUUCCAGUCUCAGGAGCGGUCUACCAUAACACCCUAUUUCUGUUCUUAGUACUACAUGUGAAGACGUAUUGUGGGUCGUGGACUCUUAAUGCAUUCUGGAGUACACAAGGCUUGGUUAUGAACGACUUCGGGGUAUAUUCAUUAUAACAAAGGACAACUCGCACUCAACGUUUUCCCAAGCUACCUCUUGUAUAGCGGGUAGACAUUCUGCCAAAGCUGUGGACCCAUAUUCAAGGAAUUACCGUGCACUAUACAACGUGGACUGUCCAAUCAGCUAAGUUUUCGGAUCUACGCCGUGGAACCAUUCUCGCUCCGAUUGUCUGCUGUUCAAAACAACAAAAUGUCAAUACUGGAUGAAUUAACGCAGGAACAAAUAGAAGAUUACAGCCGUGCGUUUCGUCUUUUCGACAAAGAUGGCGACGGUACUAUUGACGCUAAGGAACUGGGCACCGUAAUGAGAUCCCUGGGCCAGAACCCGAACGACGAUGAGCUCCAGGAGAUCCUGGAGGAAGUGGAUGCUGAUGGCAACGGCAUCAUCGACUUCGAGGAGUUCCUGGGGAUGAUGGCAAAGAAGAUGCAGUCCCGUGACUCGGAGGAGGAGAUCAAGGAAGCGUUCAAGGUCUUUGACAAGGAAAGCAAAGGUUACCUGACCUCGGAAGAGCUUCGUCACAUUAUGACGACAAUGGGCGAGAAACUGACCCACGAGGAUGUGGACGACAUGAUCAGAGAGGCGGAUCUAGACGGGGAUGGGAAGAUUGACUACCUUGAAUUCAGCAAGAUGUUGGCAUCCGGCUGCGAACAACAAAACCAGUCCCUCCUGCAACCUAUCCUUCUUCUGAAGCAGCCAAACACGUUCAACAUCAUCGUGGUGCCGUUUUGUCUGCAGGCAGAAGAACAGCAGUGUGCGCCGGAAGGAUCCCAACUCACAGAAGAUCAGAUAGCAGAAUUCAAAGAGGCAUUCUGUCUCUUUGACAAAGACGGUGAUGGCACCAUCACAACCAAAGAGUUGGGAACCGUCAUGAGGUCACUAGGUCAGAACCCAACAGAGGCAGAGUUGCAAGACAUGAUCAACGAAGUUGAUGCUGAUGGUAACGGCAUCAUCGACUUCCCUGAAUUCCUGACGAUGAUGUCGAAGAAGUUGCAAGGUGCCGACAGUACGGACGAGCUGAGAGAAGCAUUCCUGGUUUUUGACAAGGAUGGGGAUGGGUUCAUCAGCGCUAAGGAGUUGAGACACGUCAUGACGAAUCUGGGAGAGAAGUUGACAGAUGAUGAGGUGGAGGAGAUGAUGAGAGAAGCGGAUGGGGACGGUGAUGGGCAGGUCAAUUACGACGAGUUUGUGAAGAUGAUGACUGGCGGUAUCGACCACCACCACGUUCACUGGCAAACAUACGUGGAGAGAAGUGGGUUUCCAAAACAAAUUAUCAUCUUUCCCAGUUGUCAGUUGCCUCAUCUCGGUCGCCACGUAAUUCUUAUCCUUCAACACAAGAUGGAUCAGAUCUCCGAGAAAGACCUCCAAGUGUAUCGGGAAGCAUUCUCGCUGUACGACAAGGAUGGCAGCGGCUACAUCGCAGAGGAGGAGUUGGGGACGGUGAUGAGGUCGCUUGGACAGAAUCCCACGAAUGCCUAUCUGCGUGAAGCCAUAAGACAGGCAGACACCGAUGGUAGCGGACAGUUAGGAUUUGAGGAGUUCGCCCUGAUGAUGCACGAGAAGAGCAAGGAGAAGGAGAACCCUAACGCUCUGAAGGACGCCUUCAAGGUGUUUGACAAGAACGGAGACGGGACAAUAAGCGCAGGAGAGUUGUACGACAUCAUGACCCAGCUCGGGGAGGCACUGUCGAGAGCGGAGGUGGAUGAGAUGAUCCGGGAAGCGGACAAGGACAAGAACGGGGUGAUUGACUAUGAAGAGUUCGCCGACAUGAUGUCCAAGAUGGAAUAGUCAACAACCAACUGCAUGCUCAGCAUCCGAUGUCUCAUGACCUUACGUAUGUCGUGAUGAUCAACUCUAUAUUCCCAUCAUCUUACAUGAUGUCUAGUCACAAUGUUGAUAUCCU